CGUGAGCAAGUGAGAGAGACAAACAUCAUGUUGAAUAUCAAGAUGAUAAUUUAUACCGGAGCUUGAAAACCAUUUUAUUCUUCGAAUGCCUUCUUUGGUGGACAUACCAACAAUAUUGGAAUCCUAUAAAACAGUUGAUAAGAAAACAUUCUUGAAAACUGCAGAUAUAUGUCAGAUGCUUGGUUGUUCAAAUGAAGGGGAAGACAGUGGAAGUGGUCGAGAAGAAAAACCUUCUCCGCACAAGAAUACUGACAAAGUCAACAAGAAGUUUCUAUGGAACCGUGGACUAACACCUCCACUAAAGAAUGUGAGAAAACGAAGUUUCAGAAAAUAGCCAAGAAAUAGUACAUAGAAUCACCAGAUAUUGAGAAAAAAGUGAAAAGACUACUAAGAAGGGACAGCACAG